ACUCCCAUUCCCCAGUGGUUUUUUGAGCUGCUAGCUCUCAAAACUAUUUCGUUAAAUUUUGUUCGUCUCGUUUGAAAUUUAUUUUUAUUAAUUUCUUUUUUAUUAUUAUUUUCGCACCGCGUGUUUUGUGUUUAUUAAUAAAAAAAUAAAAAUAUAUCAGAUCGGUAAAAGUUACCAAAAAUCUUUCCUGAUAUACGCCAACUGAAUAGAAUUUGUAUAUUCUUCAGUCAAAUAAGUGCAAACUUAAUUUAAAACAAAAUUUUUAAUUUCACAUCUCGAUUGGAUCAAGCGAGAAAAGAAACAAUAACUCGUACUCAUAGAAUGGUAGAAGGUGAUUCUGGUAGAAAAACAACUGAAAACUGUAAUGUAAAGGACGACCUACAGCCGCAAGCCCUUGCAAACACAGGCAAUAACAAUCAUUCAAUUCUAACACCUUACUCAAUAACCUCGGGCAUUAAGGAUAAGGAAUACCAGAUAACAAGCAAAGAUGGCUACGACCUUACACCAACGCCCCUCUACAAGCAUGAUUUAGAACGUGGCAAUGGUGUGACCGCCAUCAGUAAUGCAACUGGUGGUGGUGGUGGCAAUGGAGGAGGAGGUGGAGGCGGUGGACCCGGUGCUGGUGGUGGCACCGGAUCUGAAGUCGCCAUCCGGGCCGAUUUCGAACAAGCCAUCGAAUUAACCGGCUACGGAAAAUUCCAUUAUCUCCUGCUAGCGAUAUGUGGUCUCGUUAGUACGAGCGAAGAAAUGGAUGUUAUAUCGAUGUCCUUUAUCCUGCCAUCGGCUCAGUGUGAUCUCGAUCUAAACACUCAAACCAAAGGAUGGCUUAAUUCGAUUAUAUUUAUUGGUAUGAUGGUGGGUGCAUAUUUCUGGGGCAGUAUAGCUGAUUCGAUGGGUCGUAAGAAGGUGUUGAUUGUGAUCUCGUUCAUGAAUGGACUUUGUAUAGUGGCAUCGUCCUUUUCACAAAAUUAUGAAUGGUUCAUGCUGUUUCGUUUUCUUAAUGGUGCUGCACUUGGAGGCAGUGGUCCCGUCAUUUGGUCAUACUUCGCCGAAUUCCAACCGAAAGCCAAACGUGGUUCCAUGUUGAGUUUCAUGGCGGCGUUUUGGACAUUUGGUAAUCUCUUUGUAGCCGGGCUGGCCUGGUUAAUUAUUCCCACAAAUAUUGGUUUUGUAACACCAUACUUCAAAUACAAUUCCUGGCGUAUUUUCUUGGUCGUCUGCUCAAUACCAUCAUUCAUUGUAGCCUGCCUACUAUUCUAUCUACCAGAAUCGCCCAAAUUUCUACUAUCCAAAGGCAAACAUGAUCGUGCUUUGGCAAUUUUCCGUGGAAUAUUCGUCACAAAUACAAAGAAACCUCAAGAACUUUACCCAGUUAAAGAGUUGGUUAUCGAUGAAAAGCUACAGCAGGAAAUUGCUGCCAAUAAGGCUUCCCUUAAAGGAAAAUAUCAUAAAAUGUUGACUGGAAUGGUGGAACAUAGUAAACAACUAUUCCGUUCGCCAAUUCUCAAAUUCACCAUUGUCUCCAUUAUUAUCAAUUUCACAUUCCACAUUGGUUACUAUGGUCUUAUGAUGUGGUUCCCAGAAUUAUUCAAUCGAUUCGAUGAAUACGGACAAGCUCAUCCUGGUGAAACAGCUGGAGUUUGUACGGUCACCGAAUACGUUGUCAAUCUUGGGACACAUGCAACAGAAGCAAUCUGCUCAUCGCAUAUACCUAGUGCUGUCUUUAUGGAGUCACUUAUAUCACUGGCUUCGGCAUUGCCUGCUAAUCUUAUUGCUAUCAUCGGAAUGGAUCGUUUGGGUAGAAAGUUCUUUUUGAUCUUUGGAACAAUGACGUCUGGUGUGUGCUCGGCAGCAAUGUACUUUGUAUUCAGUAAAACCCAGAAUCUCAUUGUGACGGCAAUAUUCAGUGGUGCCAUUUCGGCAGCAAAUGCUGCUUUGGAUUGUCUUAUUACCGAAGUUUUCCCAACGAAUUUAAGAGCAACUGGUGUAGCAAUUUCAAUGGUUGCAGCUCGUUUGGGUGGUAUUGUUGGUAAUGUGGUUAUAGCCACACUUCUCGAUACCUUCUGCCCGGCACCAACAUUCAUUGUGGCGGCUCUUCUGAUCGGUGGUGGACUGAUGUGCCUGUUAUUGCCAAAUACCACGCGGACAUCACUCAACUAAGGGAAAAGAAGUUCGCUGAAUUCGCAAUUCAGUUUAAAAUUUAAAAAAUAAAAAAAAAAAAACUUCACACAACCAAAAUCUGUGCCAAAAUCAGAUCAGAGAAUUUAUAUAAAUUUUUACAUUUUACACACAAACACACACACACAAAAAGAGAAAUAAUGCUUUUUGCGCAAAACCUUUACCGUAAAGGUAUUAAUUUAUUGAAAUUAUUGUGUAUUACCUCUAUCGUAAACUUUAAUAAUUGUAUUGUACCUAAUGUAAGUUUUUUUUGUUUUUAACAUUUUCUUUUAUUUUUUUUUUUUAUUUUUUUUUUUGUUUAUUAUUUACUUUUUUGUAUUUUUAGUAAUCGACGUCGAUAAUUUAGUUUUAAGACAUUUAUUUUUUUUUUAAAUAGUUCAGAAUGUAUAUAAUGUUUAAGUGCAAAAAAAGUAUUUUGUUUAGAAUUUAUGAUUAAAAAAAAUAAAAUGAUACACAAUAAAAGAAAAUAUAUCAAUACAA